AUGGGCAUUGCCAUGUACAACGAGGCCAAUAGCAUGAUCAUAAACAGAUACAUUCCGGGUUUUCUUCCUAAUCAGACCGCUCAAAGCGGUGCCGCCAAUGGCGGCCCGCCAUUACUGAUGGCGCUGUUCCUUCCGACAACCCCAGUGAUUGUGCCACCACUACACGCCAACUCAAAGAGCUCGCUGGGACACUUUUUCGCUCGGAUCGACCCGUUGAACGAGCGGAAACGUGCCAUUGAUUUUGUCCUGGCUCAUAUUCUGACCUUGCCUACGCCCGAGGAUUCGUGUGCCGCGCACAAUGGUCUGCCGAAUCGGCACCUUGCCAUCGGCAUUGCCGAUGGCAAGGUUCCGGCAGCCCCGGAUGUUGCAUUCCUUGAUGCGGUCGUAAUUACUGGACCACCCUUUGCAAGUGGAUUGGCAAUCACGGCCGAGGACGGCCGAGAAGCGGAGUUCGUGCGCACUAAAGAUGCGUUCAAACAGCAAUUGCAGAACUGCUCGGCUUUCUUCUGUUGCUCCCAAGCUGUUGUCUGUAUCGUAGAUCUUAAACUUCGCGAGAUAAUGCGUCGAAGUCCAGAUACUUCAAACCCGCCGAGAAUGGCGAACAACUCGGCAGAUUGA